UGUUUGUCAGUCGAAGCAAACUCUUGCAAGUUAUCAUAGCGCCCUAGCUGUACUUCGCCCGUCGUCCUUCUUCCGCAAUAUGACGUUCCCCGGCAAGCACAUCCCACUGAUCCGCUUCCUCGGCUCGCGAAAGCUUCUACAACAUCACCAACCAUCUUCAGCGUCCAGUCCCUCAAAGACAGCAACAGCAAACAUGCCGGCCGGUCUGAAUCUCGCACCACAAUCGGCGCCGCCCAAGCGGUCGGGCAACACGAUAACGUAUGAGAGCUUUGAGCAGUUGCCGCCGCGGUUUAGGCGACUGAGGACGUUGAGCGCGAGGGAGAUUGAGAUUAUUGAAGCUGGAGGCGCUGGACAGAUCCUGUCCCUCUGAGGAGCAGAUCGACGACAAAUACCACACCAUAAUGAAAAUUCACUUAGAUUUUGCGUACACCGAUUGAAAGCUUCGCAUUCGUGAUAUCGAUUUGGCACGGCACCAUCCCGCUCGCACACCCUUGCGUUCUCGAUACCUUUUGAUUGUACAUACAUGUAAUAUGAACAUGAAUGGAGCAGACGAGCGAUUGCAUUUGAGCACAGCAACGUUUUCUGGGCAGUUCGCGGCAUUGGCAAUCGAUUUUUCUUUCAGGCAUCGCUCUUUAUACAAACAUGGAGCGGUUGCUCGUUGCGGCGGGCACAUCGCGAUGGGAAUCUCUGGUUGUUAUUCCGUGGGAAAUUCAGAAUGACGACGGCACAUUCCAA